CACAUGAAAAUAAUUGGGAUAUUUGGUCUUUGCAAACAGAGCCUCCCACAAUAAGAUGAGGGACUAUUUUCUGUAAAUUCUAUUGAGUCUAUUUUAAUGUGACCGCCUCUUUUCCAUAAACAAAACUCUUUUAAGCUUUUUUUGAGACUCCCUUUUGGGCAGAUUCAUGUGAUACGUAUAAUGAUCCGUGUGGACAUUUGUAAAGUAAAGACAUUACAGUUGUAUUAUUAAUGUAUUUAGUUUUUUAGUUUACACCAUUUUUCAUAUCUUAAGUCAUGAGAAUGAUAUAGCUGUGGGCCCUUUUUGUUUGGCAGUGAUCUACCUGGUAAAGUCUGGUCCUGGCGUUGUCCAUGAAAAAAGUCAGUGUUUUGACAAAAGUUAUCAUAUGGCGUGAUUCAAAUGAUUAUAGUAUAGUUUGUCUAAAAAAAUAAUAAUAUAUGAUGUCAAAAAAGUCGUCAAAUAGUCAAAAGUAUAUGUCAAAAAAGUCAGAAAAAUUGUCCCAAAAAACAAAUCGUAAAAAUAUAGUUAUCAGAGUUGAAAUCAUGUAUAACAGCACAGUAUGUAAAACAUAAAUCAAUCAGUUUACAGACAGAUAUUAUUUUAUCAGAAUUAUUUUUGACAUGCAUUUAUUACAUACAUAAGCAUUACUUUUUAGGAUAUACAAUACUAUGACAUUGUUGGUAACAUACAUUCCAUUAUUUUUUAUGCCAUAAAUGAAAACAGCUGUGACAUUAUGGCUGAUUAAAGUACACCUCGUGACUCGCUCUCAACCAAUCAGAAUGCUUGAUUUCAUCCACCCGUAUUAUAAUAUUCAUUUGACGACUGCUAUGACAUUUCUAUGACUUAAAAUACGGUAUUUAACCGCCGCGGCUACGCGAACCGGAAGUAGUUUAUCUGGUUCAUAAUGCGCAACUUCAGCCGGGUGCUUAUUAACUUUUAUGCGUUGGAAGUAUCAACAAAGAUGAUCUUCAAUAAAUUUCACGCAUUAAAAGCUGCGCCGAUGUGUUUUAUUUAUAGCGCAAGUGUGGUACGUGCGGUCUUCCAACGUGUAACGUAACGGAGUGCGCGAGGGGUUCCCGGAAGUGGCUACUCGGUUGCUAUAGCAACUGCAAUACGCUGCUGUAUAACUUGGGAGUUGAACAGACCGAAAUUAGCUCACGGUGUAAGUUUUUACUCAGUGUUUACGAAAUGGAGGCCUCCUCACAGAGUAAAGAUGGCGGAGGACUGUGGAACAAGCCCAGAGCCCCCCAGUACAGCAAGGAAACCCAGGAUUUGCUGAGAUCAAUGAUGAAGCAAUCAAGAUUUACCAACCGCCAGAGAAAACAGAUCAAUGAAUGUCUAAAGAACGGAGCUGCUGUACCACUGACCUUUGACCCCACAUCAGCAUCCCCCACUAAGCCUAAAACCACCAAAUCUGUCCAGAGCUGUCUGCUCUCCAAGCCUCAGAGACGAACCGCCGAAGAGUGUCGCUCUGGAAACAACUACGUCAGAGAGAAGUUCCACCCUGGUCCCUCGAGAGACUUAGAGAAAGAGAAGAGGAAGCUUCAGAAUAUCUUGGCAACGGGAGAAGAGGAGCCAAAAGUUUACCGAAAGGUUCCUGCACGUCCGAACCCAGAGGCGGCGGAGCAGAAAGACCGGUAUCAGGAAGUGCUGGAGGAGAUACGGGAGAGGAGACAGUUCCUGGCAGAUAUGUCUUCUCUGGGUCAGGAGAAGCAGUACCUCAGCAUCAUCAACACUCAGAUAUCACAGAGGAUUCGAGAACUGCAGGUGUUGGACAAGACCCGCAGUCCCCAGAACAAAGCAAUCGCAUCCGAGAGGAAAGGGGAGACCGCAGAAAAGACGGAGUUGAAGGAGACGGAGGGAAGAGUCACUGGCACCGACUGAACAUUUAAAAAGCGACUCACUGGAAAUCAGGUGGAAACGACGCAACUUAAAAUCCAGAUAAUGGAAGUGUUAGUGUGAUGCGUUCAAAGACAGCAACGAGGUCACAGCUAACUGGUUGCGCUGCACUACAACUAUAUAAACAGUUAUAUAUAACAAUAUGAAGACAGAACUGUCAUGUAAAGGAACACGAACGGCUUGUAUUAAGUUAUUUUAAUCCACCGUCUUGCAGUGUAGACGCUCUGUCGUAAUCCCUUGGUUUCAGCUGGACAUCGAGACACAGACUACCAUUUAAAAUGCAACUGACCCAAAGUAAACAUACCGACAUACAAACAAAUGAUGCUUAUCCACAGAUGUAAUUAAAUAAAUGGCACUCGUACAAACAAUAUUAACACUUUUUUUAAGGCAAAACACGGUAACACACAGAAAGGCAUCGUAAAAUAUAAAUUAAUGAUUACAUAAUCAGGGUUUCACCCGAUGGUUAAAACUGUUAUGAGCUGAUGCUGCAGUUAUUAAAAUACUGUAUAUCUGCCCUUUUAUAAUAUUCAUCAUUGCAUGUGUGACCUUUAAAUAUUGAUAAACUUUGACAUCUCCACUUUAA